GUUGGCAACGCUUCCCUGCUGUGGACGGAGUUUCCAGGAUAAGACCUGUGAAGUGAAAUGGUCGAGGAGGAAACCAAGAGCUUGUCUAUGGAGCUGAGUGAGAAGAGGGGUGUGGAGAACAACGGAUUUGUUCAAAAUGAGGCUCUUGAUGACAAGGAGACAGAUACCAGUAGCCAAGAAAUGCCAAAAACCUGCACUGUUGAUGUGGCCCCAGCAGCUGCAGAGGAGCCAGUGCUAAAGCCCUAUGCGGGGAUGCCAAAGGAAGUUCUGCUGAAGUUCUCCAGCCAAGCCCGCUACAGAGUCACCAGGGAGAUUCUCUUCUGGCUUGUAAUUGCUGCUGCCGUGGUGCUUGUGGGGGCUACAAUUGCGAUUAUUGCGCUCUCUCCAAAGUGCCUUGACUGGUGGCAGGCUAGUCCAAUUUAUCAGAUCUAUCCUCGAUCCUUCAAGGACAGCAACAUGGACGGGAAUGGGGAUCUGAAAGGUAUCCAAGAAAAACUGGACCAUAUUGCGUAUUUGAAUAUAAAAACCAUCUGGAUGACCUCUUUCUACAAGUCUCCCUUAAAAGACCUUGGAUAUGGAGCUGAAGACUUCUAUGAUAUUGAUCCCAUGUUUGGAUCAAUGAAAGAUUUUGAGAAUCUGCUUGCAGCCAUUCAUGACAGAGGGCUUAAGUUGAUAAUGGAUUUAAUACCAAACCACACAAGUGACAAACACCGAUGGUUUCAGCUGAGCCGCAAUCGGACCGGGAAGUACACGGACUACUACAUCUGGCGGGACUGCACGCAGGCUGCUGGAGCGGUCGCUCCUCCGAACAACUGGGUCAGUGUCUUUGGAAAUUCCAGUUGGCAGUUUGAUGAUGUGAGAAAGCAAUGUUAUUAUCAUCAGUUUGGGAAAGAACAGCCAGACUUAAAUUUUCACAACCUUGCUGUCCAACAAGAAAUCCAUGAUAUUAUCAAAUUUUGGCUCAGCAAAGGAAUUGAUGGAUUUAGUUUCAGCGCUGUUAAAUUUCUUUUAGAAGCAACGCAUCUCCGAGAUGAACCUCAAGUGAACAAGUCCCAGAAUCCAGAGAGUAUCACAGCCUAUUCGCAGCUCUACCAUGACUACACGACCACGCAGGUGGGUAUGCAUGAUAUCAUCCGCAGCUUCCGUCAAACCAUGAAUCAGUUCAGCAGCGAACCUGGCCGAUACAGAUUUAUGGGUUCUGAUGGUGAUGGAAAGGAAGACAUUGAAGCAACAAUGAUGUAUUAUGGAACAACUUUUAUCCAAGAAGCAGAUUUUCCCUUCAAUUUCAACCUAAUUAAUAUGAAAAAUCUAUCGGGCAACAGUAUUUCUGAAGCUGUCAACUUGUGGAUGAAGAACAUGCCUGCAGGAAAGUGGCCAAACUGGGCGGUUGGAAGCCCUAAUGCUGCCCGGAUUUCAUCUCGGAUUGGGAAGGAGUAUGUCAAUGUUAUGAACAUGCUGCUUUUAACCCUCCCUGGUACUCCUGUAACUUACUAUGGCGAAGAAAUAGGUAUGGAGAACAUUGCCUCAGAAAAUGCGACCUUUCCAGAGAAAUCCCCUAUGCAGUGGGAUGGCAGAGUUAAUGCUGGUUUUACUGAAGGCAACAGUAGCUGGUUACCCCUCCACUCUGACUACCACAGUGUAAAUGUUGAGAUCCAGAUGACCUGGUCCAACUCAACCCUGAAUCUGUAUAAAGAGCUAACUUCACUUCGCAACAACGAGCUCCCCAUUCAUCGGGGGUGGAUGUGCUAUAUCUGGAAUGACAGUAAUGUUUUUGUGUACGUGAGGGAAUUGGAUGGGUUAGACAGAGUGUUUAUGAUGGUUCUCAAUUUUGGGCAGCAAUCAACAAUAGACCUGAAAGCUAUAGUUCCUAACCUUCCAUCUGAAGCUGUUAUAAGACUAAGUACUAAUUUUAGCAAUGUUGGUAAAGCUAUCAAUACCAAACUAAUUAAAACUGAAACGGGAGAAGGCCUGGUCCUUGAAUAUAAAACAGCAAAGCCUGUUCAUACUAUGGAAGCUUUUGAGGGAAAUUGUUUUGUGGCAGAAAAAGCUUGUUAUUCCAGUGCUUUCAAUUUACUCUAUGUGAACUGUUAAGUGCAGGAGUAGAACCCAACCAAGCUUUUGUGUUAAUUUAGAAAGCGUUGCUUUCAGGGAAAUGCUAACAAUUGUCAGUUUUCUUUGGCUUUUAAAACUUUGUGUACAAAAUAAACAUUCUGAAAAAUAAAACAGAUACCCAAUUGUCUCGCACCUAUAUUGGCAAUGUAAGUAUAUAUAUGCUGCCCCUUAGGGUCUGUGGAGAAGAAAAGUAAACCUGUCCUAAAAAACUUGUUUUAAGUGUGUGGAUUUUUGUGAGGAAAGAGAACAGUUGCUUCCUGGGUGCUGCCCCUUACAGUUGCUCGUCAUUAAGAGCUCCUGUGGAGUAGAAAGCCUGUAGCAGUUCGUAGUAGCUUUUUAAAAGUCUGUAGAUUUGUGAAACUUAUUCUGAAGGGUGGCCUUAUAUUUUUUAAAACAGCAAGCAAGCAAGCAAGCAAGACUAGUAUGUAAAGCUGUGAUGGCUCACCUCUUUUCUCAACUCUAACAAGUAUGAUUACCCUCAGAGUUAAUAAGGAAAAGAACAAAAUAUAGCAAAUACGUCUGGCUCCGAUGCUAGGAAUGCAUUUCCAAUUGAUUCUGCCCCUACUGAGUCAGAAUACAUUUGCAUUCUAUUCUUUCUUUUUCUACCAUAAGGUUGAGGGUGAGGUGUGCAUACAUCAGUUCAGAGUAAGAACUGCAUCAUACCUCUUCACAUUUUGGUUUGCAUUUGGUGCAUCUACAGUGGCUUAUGUGACACACAGGCAGGAUAAGCAUUUAACUUGGUAGCAUCUGUUUUGGACCUGGGGGUAUUGUGGGGAACUCUGUUUCAGUUUGAAGACCUUAUAGACACACAGGGUAUUUUCUACCAACUGCUUGUACCAGUUACUGGCCCUAGGUGCGUUCACCAUGCAUCUGUCUUAAUAAGCAAUGUGUAGCAGGUUCAUGCCUUGCUCACAGGUCAGCUAAGCUCUGAAUCAGGCUGCUGUAGUAGGGCCAUUCUUUUUGUUUUAUCCUCUGGAAAGACUGGCAUCUCCUUCUGGGGCAUUUGUCUUGUCUUCCAGAGGGACUCCAGCACCUCCUCUUUAAGAUUACCAUGCAGUUAAGGUAAUUGCAAUAUUUUGAAUCUACUCAGAUGAAAGAGUGCAGCUAAAAUUCCUAUUCUUGAGACUCCAUUUCUUCUUUGCAGGUUGUUCAAUCCCACCAUAUGAUCAGUGGCUACUCUGUAACUAGGAAGAGCAAUAGUCAUCAGCACCUAUGUAUGGGAAUUAGUUUUAGAAGAACCUAGUGAGACUUUUAAAUCAAACACUUCUUGGGAGUUUUACUGCCUUGUGUAAAAUGUGGUCUUGGAAUAGAGGUCUUAAGACUGGAAAGGCUGCUUGUACAACGUGCAUGAACUUCACAGGUUAGGCCUUACACAUUUCUGUUGUGCUUCACCUCUGCUUGUACGGUGCUGCACCACUUGCUUAUGUGAACAGAACUGUGCUGAACAAAUUGAUUAAUGCAGGUGGCUACUUCUGUAGUAUCUGGCAGGGGAGAAA